UCCUCCCCACAGGAUGGCGGAGAGACCCCCCAGCACCCGCAGGGUGGCCUGGGAGCAGCCCCAAGCCCCUGGCUGGGGCAGCUCUCAGCAGCAGCUGGACCGCCUCAGAGAGCCCCAGGCAUGGGGCACAGAGCCAGGUUUCUCGGCCUCCAGCUACCUGACUCAGCGGCAAGAGGAGCGCAAAGCCCUCCAGCACAUCCAGGCCUUUCUCGGGGCCUCAGAAAAGGAAGAGGCCCAGAAGCUGCAGUUUCUGGCCUCCAUCUGUGCCCUCUGCAGAGGUGUGGACUGCGAGGCCCUGGGGGGAGACCUGUCUGAUCUGUGCAGCAAAGCUGCCCUGGCAGAGGAGAUCAAGGUGCUGUUGGAAGAGCAGCCCCAUGACCUCCAGGGCAUUGCAGUGCGGCAGCAAGCCCUGCUUGCCAUCACCGCCAUGAGCAAAGUGAGGCCAGUCCUGGAGGACACGCAGAACAACAGCCUCCUCCACGCCUGCAUCUGCAGCAUCUUCUCCUUCCCUCCAAGGGAGGACAUGCAGAGCAUGGAGGCUCUUCUCUACGACCAGACGCUGGACGCUCUGCACAACAUGCUGCAGGAGCUGGUAUUCGGUGCUCACGUAUGCGGCCUCCUGGAGCUGCAGCACAUCUUGCAGGUCCUGCUGCCCUUCACUGAGUCUCAGCGGGCGGCUGAGCGUGAGAGAGCUGUGCACAAGAUCGCCCAGCUAAGCAAACUGCUGACCAGCUCAUCGCUGUGGGAGGGCCAUGUCCCCAGCAGAGGAGUGCAGGACAGCACUGCCAGCUUGGGGACGGAGCAUUUCCAGAUGCUGGGACAGCUGGUGGCACGUCUUCGACUGUGCUGCAGUGAUGAGGACGAGGGCACCAGGCGUGGGGCUGCUGAUGCUCUUUGCCACCUCGGCAGCUUUCUCCUGAAGCGAGAGAGUGGGAAGCCUUCAGAGGACAGCGCAGAGCAUCGCCGUCUCCAGGGGGACUGGAAAGCUGAGACCUUCUGGCUGUCAUGGUCCCAGAGCACCAGCGACACCACCAUGAUCUUUGGGAAACACCUCUGCCCCUCCGAGAUGACAGAAGUCAUCCUCACAGCCAUCGAGGGCAUGAGCGACUCCAGUGCCUACCACACCCUGGCAGCUGCCCGCAUGCUGGCUGUGGCCAUGAGACACUCUGCCUCCCGGCUGCGGCACGCAUCUCGCAUCGUGAGGUGCAUCUAUGAGAAUCUGAUGCACGUCAGCGAGCAGUUGGCCCGGCGCGUCCUGCUUCGGACCCUUCUCCAGCUGAGCUCCCUCUACCCGGAGAAGGCGGUCAGGAGCCUGCUGGCAUCCUCUGUGCUGUGUGACAGUGUCGCCGUGGCCAUGUGGCGGGUGAUGGUCUCCCAGCCCGCAACGGCAGAGAAGGUCCUGGGGGAGCUGCUCUUCGUGCUGCAGGAGAGGCGCCAGGGCAGGCGGGUCUGCUUUGUCGAAGACGAACCUCACGUCGUGCCCCUGGCCGCAACCAGGGCCCUGCGCAAGAUCCUCCUGCAGCCCACCUUGCAGCAGGGGAAGGCCCUGUUCCCCAUGCUCUGCGUGGCUCUGCUCUUCCAAAUCUCGUUCGCCAUGGAGGCCACGCUGCAGGACGUCGAGGCCUUCUUCAAGACAGACACUGAGGAGGGCAGAGGCAGCCCCAUAAGCCCCGUCAGGUCCGCUCUGCAGGCCCUGCAAGCCCUGCUGCACUGGGCAGGCUAUGGGGAGCAGGUUGGCGUCCUCCACAAGACGGGCGGAUGGGACAUGCUCAUCUGUGCCGAGAGCCACCACCAAGGCAUCACUUUGCUGGCAAGGCAGCUGAGGACCAGCGCCACAAAGGAGUGCCACUGGAUCUUCCACCACCUGCUCCUGGUUCUCAGCAUGAGGGACGUACAGCGGGAAAUCCCCUCCAUGGCUUUCUUCACGGAGCUGCUGAACUGCGCCGAGUUUUCCACCGCUGUGGAUGAGCAGGUGCUGCGCCUCUUCCAAAGGCACCUGAGGACUGGGCGCCUGGUCAUGCGCGGGCUGGUGCUGCGAGGCCUCCUCAUGCUGUCGGAGAGCCCUGAGGUGGCCGGAAAACUGCAGGGCCUGCUGCCAGACGUGAUGGAGCGCCUGCACGAUGCCGACCGGGAUAUCAAUGUGAAGGCUCUGUGUAUCCUGCGGAACGUGCUGCAUCACAUGGAGAGGGAGAGGGCCGGCCCCGUGGCUCUGCAGCUGGCAGAGAAGCUCCUGCCACUCUUUGAUGAUGUACGUCCGGUCUCCAGCCGCGUGCGCAAGCACUCCCUGUGUCUCUUCAAAGCCCUCAUGGAGACUGUGGUGGGGAAAUGGAAGCGGCGCCUGAGGAAGCACGUGCAGAGCAGCCUUCUCCUGCUCUUCUUCCACCUGAGUGACCAGGCCCCCGGAGUGGCUCAGGCCUCGCAGGAAACCCUCCUGGCAGCAGCAGAGUUCCUCAAGUGGAACCAGCUCGGGUACCUGACCCAGACGCUGCAGACCUGGAGGAUUGGCGAGUGCCUGCUGGUGCAGGACAGGAGCAGGGCAGAAAAGUACCUCUGCCAGAGCCUUCCCUACCUGGAGAGCCCGCAGGCGGCCUUGCAAGAGUUGGCCGUGAGGUUCAUAGUCCUCCAAGAACUGCUAGAUGACGGCAGGCCCUCGAUCCACUGCCUGGCUGCUCAGACCAUCCUGCUCCUGGAUGCCGUGCAAACACAGGAGCCAUCAGGAUGGCAAUGCCAGGCGCUGUGCUGCAGGCUGCGGAGACUGUGGGAGAGGUGGAGGCCUCCCCCGGCAGACGACUCUGUUGUAGCACAGCUCCACGAGCGCUCCCAAAUGCUCCGUGAUCUGCACACUGAAGACACCUGAGUGUGCCAGGCAGCCUGGGGCAUUCCCAGCAUCUCCCCCGGCCUGCAGCAUAACUGCCCCCCCUCCGGCACCUCCCCUCGCUGGCCUCCUGUUACAUGUUCACCGCCUAGCUGUGCUCCCCACCAAGAAGCAGCCCUUCUUCACCAUGA